AUGCCUCAUCCUACCCCACUCGCCUCGCUUCAGGAACAAAUGACACAAAUGAUGGAAAUGAUGAGAGUCAUGAGUACAAGACUGGAAGCAUUGGAAGCUCGAUCUAGGCCUACUCAGCCAGCCACUCAGCCAACCACUCACUCAGUCGCUCAGUCUGGUAUUUCACAAGAGGAGGAUAUUGCGGAGAAAAGUGCGGAGACACCAGUGCAAGAGAAGUCACUACAGCAAGCAAAUGCGGAGAACACUGCGGAGAACACUGCGGAGAAACCAAGCGACAGCAAGGCCCCCAGCACCAAGAACACGGCUCAGCUCUCCAAGAUCCCACGUCACCUCUCCACAAUCCCCCGUCAAAUCGCCACUCAGCAAGCGGAGGACGACACUACAAUUUGGCCUGCUAUCUCCGCGUGCCUAGGCAAUAUCACAUUGUGGUACAUCACUGCAAUGAGCACACAAGAGAAGGAUCUACUGCGUCGAUCACAGCCAAUUGGACCUCUGCAGGCAAGGGUCACCUAUCGGACGAUGCAUAUUUGGACGAAUUGA